CCCGGACACACCGAGGGUGCGGCGGGGGUCGGUGCUUUCGGCCGCCACCGGGAUAAGUGAGCAAAGUGAAGCCGGCCAAAGGGAGGGGCGAGUGAUGGCGGCGCCAGGCCCGGGGAGGAGGAUGAGGAGGAAAAGGAGAAGGAGGAGGAGGAGGAAGCAGCGCGACGGGACGGGAGCGGCGGGACAAGGCGGCCCUCGAGAUGCCCCGGCGGCGGGCGCUGCCCUCGCUGGCCGCGCUGUGCCUGCAGAGCCUGGCCCAGCACAUGCAGAGCCUCUGGGCCAAGGACUACAGUGACAAUUACCUGGACGAGUACGAGUUCCGCUUCCUCGUGGGGCCCUUCAACGACCUGGCCUGCGAGCUGGUGCAGGAGCUGCUGCAGCUGCUGGGCACGAGCCGGCGGCUGUCGCGGGCGGCGCUGCACCUGCUGCUGCUGCCGCACCUGCGCCGGCUCAGCCUGCGCGCCUGCCCCGCCGUGGCCAGCAACGCCCUGGGGCACCUCAUCGUGCUGCGCUGCCAGGGCCUGAGCGAGCUGGACCUGCACGGCUGCGGGCGGCUCUCCCCGGCCGUGCUGGUGGACCUGGCCGAGGGGCUGCCCUGCCUGAGCCGCCUGGGGCUGGCGCACACCCAGGCCAACCUGCAGGUGCUGUCGGCCGUGGGCUCCUGCUGCCGCCAGCUGCGCCACCUCGACGUGUCCGCCUGCAGGAAGGUGACGCCGCGCGCCCUGCGCCACCUGGCCUACGACCCCGCGGAGCGGCGCCCGGGCUGCCCCGCGCUGCGCGUCCUGCUGGCCCGCGACACGGAGCACGCCGGGCACGGCGACGCGGUGCCCGCCUUGGCCUUCCUGCUGCUGGCGCUGCCGCGCCUGGAGGAGCUGGCGCACGCCGCCCUGCCCGACGUGCUCCGGCUGCUGCGCUCGGGGCGGCUGGGUGGCGCCGAGGACUCCGAGGGUUUCCCCUCGCUGGAGGAGCUGGCGCGGGGCCGGGGCGCUGCCCCGGAGGGUGCCCCGGUGACGCUGCCCCUGCGGCAGCUGGAGGAGGUGGAGGAGGACGCCCUGGGCACCGUGCACGCCGUGUGUCCCCAAGCCGAGGAGGUCCACGUGUUGCUGGGGGACGGUCGCGGCCCCUCAGGGCUCCGGGAGCUGCCGGGCUGGAAGUGCCUGUCCCGGGUGACUCUGGUCUGCUCCGGCUGGCACAGCCGGGCGCUGGCAGAGGUGCUGCCCCUGGCGCGGGGCCUGGGCGCCCGCCUGAGCGCCCUGAGCCUGCACGGCUUCGGCUGCCGCGACCCUCUCUCGCUGCCCGCCCUCCUCGCCGGCUGCCCAAACCUGCAGAGCUUCAGGGCCGACCUGGAAGCGCCGCCGGACCCCCACGCCCGCCGCGAGCCCCCCGAGGAGGAUGCCUCUGCCCCGCCACCACGCUGGGCCACCGACCUGCUGCCCCGGGGGCUGCCCCAGCUCCAGAGCUUCUCGCUGACCCUGGCCGGGCCCGUGCCGGCCGCGCACGGGCCGCUGCUGAGCUCCACGCUGGCCUCGGUGCUGUGCCAGGCGCCGCGGCUGCGGACGCUGCGCCUGCUGGCCGUGCCCUUCCCGCUGGACCCGGUGCUGGAGCUGGCGCUGGCGGGGCCAGGGCUGCGGGAGCUGCGGGAGCUGUCGCUGGCAGAGAGCCGCGUGUCGCCCGGCGCCGUGUGGCAGCUGCUGGGCUCCGAGGGGCCCCUGCGGCGCCUGGACCUGUCGCGCUGCCCCGACAUCCACCGGCGCGACUACGACGCCUUCCUGCGGGCCGUGAGGAAGCAGCGGCUGGACCUGGACAUCAGCUGGUUGUAGCGCUGGGGUUUUUAAUAAAAUCGUCACUGUCGCGGC